GGAAGCCCACGUGGUUGCGCCGGGCGGGGCUCCGACUCGUGGAACCGGGCAGCGGCCCUUUCCCUGCUACCAUGUCCGGCCGCCACGGCAACAAACUGCCCAGUAACUUGCCACAGCUGCAGAACCUGAUCAAGCGGGACCCGACUGCCUAUACUGAGGAGUUUCUUCAGCAGUAUCAUCACUACCAGUCCAAUGUGGAGAUUUUCAAACUUCAACCCAAUAAGCCCAAUAAGGAGCUGGCUGAAUUGGUGAUGUUUUUGGCACAGGUAGGCCACUGCUACCCAGAAUAUCUUACUGACUUUCCACAGCAACUGAAAGAGCUGCUUUCUUACCACCACACAAUCUUGGAUGCAGAUCUUCGAAUGACAUUUUGCAAAGCUUUGAUUUUAUUACGAAACAAGAAUCUAAUAAACCCUACAAGUCUUCUGGAACUCUUCUUUGAACUUCUGCGCUGCCAUGAUAAACUUCUGCGGAAAACUCUGUAUACUCACAUUGUAACGGACAUCAAGAAUAUAAACGCUAAACACAAAAACAAUAAAGUGAAUACAGUGCUGCAGAACUUCAUGUACACUAUGCUGAGAGACAGCAAUCCCACGGCAGCCAAGAUAUCUCUGGAUGUGAUGACUGAACUGUACAAAAGGAAUAUUUGGAAUGAUGCCAAAACUGUAAACGUCAUCACAACUGCCUGCUUCUCCAAAGUCACAAAGAUAUUAGUUGCUGGUUUGAAAUUCUUUCUCGGGAAAGAUGAAGAUGAGAAGCAAGAUAGUGACUCAGAGUCUGAGGACGAUGGGCCCACGGCCAGAGACCUCAUGGUGAGAUACGCAACAGGAAAAAAGACCACCAAACAUAAGAAGCGGUUAGAGAAAGCCAUGAAGGUUUUGAAGAAACAUAAGAAGAAGAAAAAGCCAGAGGUGUUCAACUUCUCUGCUAUUCAUUUGAUCCAUGAUCCCCAAGACUUUGCAGAGAAACUGCAAAAGCAGCUAGAGAGCUCUAAGGAAAGAUUUGAAGUGAAGAUGAUGCUCAUGGACCUUAUAUCUAGAUUAGUCGGAAUACAUGAGCUUUUCCUCUUUAACUUCUAUCCCUUUGUGCAGCGGUUCCUACAGCCACAUCAGAGAGAAGUGACCAAGAUACUUCUUUUUGCUGCACAAGCUUCGCAUCAGCUGGUGCCACCAGAGAUUGUCCAGUCAGUAUUAAUGACCAUUGCCAACAAUUUUGUCACUGACAAGAAUUCUGGGGAAGUUAUGACUGUGGGAAUUAAUGCUAUAAAAGAGAUAACUGCAAGAUGUCCUCUGGCCAUGAGUGAAGACCUACUGCAAGACCUUGCCCAAUACAAGUCUCAUAAAGAUAAAAAUGUAAUGAUGUCUGCAAAAACUCUCAUACAUCUUUUCCGUUCAUUGAAUCCUCAGAUGCUUCAGAAAAAAUUCAGGGGUAAACCUACUGAGGCCUCAUUAGAAGCCAGAAUCCAGGAGUAUGGAGAACUGGAUGCCAAAGAUUAUAUUCCAGGAGCAGAAAUAUUAGAGGUUGAGAAAGAAGAGGAAGGAGAAAGGGAAGAAGAAGAUGGAUGGGAGAGUGCCAGCACAAGUGAGGAAGAGGAUGAAGAUGGAGAAUGGAUUGAUGUGCACCAUUCCUCAGAUGAAGAGCAGAAAGUAGCAGAGAACAUCAAAAGCAUGCCUGUAGAAGAACAGAAAUCCAGAGCUGCAGCUGUUAGCACAAGCAGGCUUUUAACUCAAGAAGACUUCCAGAAAAUCCGCCUCGCCCAGCUUUCCAAAGAACUCAAAUCUGCACCAGGCAAGGCUAUGAAGAGGAAGAACAUUGAGAUAGACAAUGAGGAGGAGGAAAGAGGAGAGCUGCUUUCACUCCGGGACAUUGAAUAUCUACAUAAGAAACCCAAAUCUGACAAAGAAACAAGGCUGGCAACAGCAAUGGCUGGAAGGACAAACAGAAAAGAAUUUGUGAAAAAGAAAACCAAAAUGAAUCCAUUUGCCAGCUCCAGUAACAAAGAAAAGAAGAAGAAGAAGAACUUCAUGAUGAUGAGAUACAGUCACAAUGUUAGGACAAAAAAUAAAAGGUCCUUCAGGGAAAAACAGCUGGCUUUACGAGAUGCACUCUUGAAAAAGAGAAAAAGGCUUCUGAAAUAACCGUUAAAACAACAAAAGAAGAGAUGGUUUUAUAUUAUUGUGGGGUAUUACCCUAGAAAUGUUUGUGGUGUUAUAUAAAAGUACAGGAUAACCAUUGCUGAAAAGCCGAAUGUUGAUUGCCUGCAACUGAAUAGAACUGAUGCUGGAAUGUGACUCCUUGUGACAGUACUUGUGAGAGGAGCAAAGAGGCCUUAAUAUUCAAGAUCUUGAUUUCUGGAACAUUUUCUGGAAGGGAAACAAUUUAACUUUCAUUGACUAUAACUUAUUUCCAAUUAACUAGUAAUGUAAAUAUUCAGGUAAAACUUUUGACAAUUUGGUGUUUGCUUUGAUUAAUAAGUCCGGUAAUGGGAAGGACAACAGAAGUCCUAAAUCAAACAAUGUAAAAUAUGUGUGCGCACACACACACACACACGUUUGUGUGCAUGUGUGUGUGUAUCUUGUUCUUUGUCUUAAGGAUGGAAUUCUUGUGGACUUUAAAAUAAACCUUUUCUAAAUGGU